AUGCGUGCGGCUCCUGUCGUUCGUAAGCAAUUACGUCAAGAGACGCUACGCUACUCGUUUGCGAGCUCUUCAUUUCUCUACAAUUUACUUGUCUUGACCGACCUCACAUCGCAAUUUGCCAUCUACAACCCAGAGUCCCUUUACAAGAACAACCGAAUUAUGCCCAAGUCUGCACACACCGUGGAAAUUGCACCUGCUGAAGACCAUGCAGCUAUGAAGAAACAAUGGCAGACAAACCUUGAAAUUGACUUGCUGAAAAGCGCUUGGAUUCGAAAGGACCGUGAACAACAUGGUGCACACACGUCACCACCACUCUCAGCAGCUAAGUGA